AUGAAGCGCAACCUUGAAGAGGCCUACGAACAGCACCUCGAGUACCUCCUUAAAGGGUCCAAAACCCGGUUUGUGCAGCCCUGGGACAGGUCCCAGAUUCUCAACCCACCAAGCAUUCUGCCAGGCCUCCCUCCCUACCAACGGUGGGGCGUCGGGCUCCCGAGUGCAGCCUUGGGGUCCUCUGCUCCCCCAACACCUUCUGUGCCGCCCCCCGCGCCCAGUAUUCCGUUUGCAAAGUCCAAAGGGAUCCCUUGGCAUGCAAAGCAGACAGAAAGCAGAUCCGCUGCCAUUGCCAAAUGGAGUGGCAUAAUGCUGUCACACGGCGAGCACUUCGGGGUCGUGGAGAGGGUUGCGGUGGAUGCUUCCGGUGGUAAACCUCAGCAGUUGUCUUCGGUUCUACUUGACAUUUUUGCUUUGAAGGCGAGCGCUACCCUGCAUGGCCGAGCGGGGCCAAUCCUCAGGUACUUGAAGUUCUGUAAAAAGGAAGGCCAGCCGCCUUUCCCAUUCAGGGAAGACCUCUUGUACCGCUUCGUCAAGGAGUACUGCGCCAGGCAAGCCCCCACUUUCGCUCGCAGCUUUCUGAGUUCGGUGGCUUUCUGUCGGCAUGUUCUUGAAUGCAAGUUUGAAGAUGUCUUUUCGACCCGUUUGACUGGUGCUUGCAACGCUCUGUACUUGAACAAGAGAAAGCAAGUUCAGAAGCCGCCGCUCAAGGUCUCGCACGUCAAGGCCUUGGAAAAGAUCGUCACUGGCUGGGGUGAUUUCAGUGGGUCAGACAGAUAUGCUGCCGGAUGUUUCCUGUACGCCACUUAUGCUCGUGCACGGUUCUCCGACAUGCAAAAUAGUGGCGCUAUCACCAAGGAUGUUACCGAACUGCCCGAUGGUGGAGUCAGGGGCUUCCUUGAAGCUUCUGUGUGUCGAACGAAGACGGCUUACACCCUCGAGCGGAAGACGCGCUACCUUUCCAUGUGCGCCCCGGUUCAGGGCCUUCUUGAUGAGUCGUGGGCGAUUGCGUGGAUGGACAUCGCCGAGCUUUACGGCCCUGGCUGGUCUGAGGACUCGCCCCUCUUGCCUGCUCCUAUGGACGGGGGGGGUUGGUCUUCAUCGCCGAUUGCUGUUGGGAUGGGAGCUAAGUGGUUGAGGAGUCUGCUGUAUAAGGCCGGGGAGGACGUUGCUACAGUCAAGCUUCUUGGCACGCAUUCCAUGAAGGCCACCGGCCUCAGCUGGGCUGCAAAAUGGGGGGCCAGCAAGGAAAUUCGAUUGAUCCUGGGGUACCACAGUGCCUCUCGGGCGGACAGCGACGUCGUGUACGGCAGAGACAACGUCGCCCCAAGGCAGUUCGAUCAGAUUCUGGAGGCCAUCACCUUCGACAAGUUCAGACCCGACUGCACAAGGUCAGGGAUGUUCACGCCGGAGCGCCCGACUGCACCAGAGGCCCUCCCGGACGACGUUUCGGAGUCAACAGAAGGCAGUGAAGACGAGGAGCACCCAGACUUGGAGGAGGAGGAGCAGGCCGUCGACGAGCUUGUUGGUCCGUGGCAGCCCGAGCCCGGCUUGAGGCAACGGCUGGAUGAGGCAGAGGUGUUUCGUCACCGAGUCAGUCGCUUCAUCCAUGUUGUUUCGUCGGAGGAGGGCACUAUGUUUCGCUGCGGCCGAGCGAUCACUUCGUCAUAUUCUAAGUGCGAUGAUAUACCGCAAGAGGAGAGGGCCUGGGGCGUCUUUGACGAUGCCAGGCCCGUGCUCAGGGGCGCAAAGGCGAUGCCGAGUGCAGCUAGGAGGAUGGCUGCCUCUUACUCGGACAGUCAGAGUGUUUUCAAUGCGCGGGUAGAUGCCAGCGGACUCACAAAGGAGGAUGCCACAAAAAUCAAAGCCGCGGUAUCUUCACUGAGACAGUUGGCGUUCAUCUCCAGCUUCACCCCAGGUCAGGCCGAUGAAUCCCCGCUGAUGGCCGCACUGAAGCUCAUGCUUGGAAGGGAUGCGGAACUUGGUGUCCAGGCCAGCUUCCGAGCUCUGUACCACGAGUCCUACGCCGUCGUCACUUCUGAGCUGCGCCAAAAGAUCGAGAAGUCCGAAGAGCCAGCAAGCAGGCGCCUGACACAACCCGAGCGAGCCGAGAGGUUCGAGAAGCAGAAAAAGAAGCUCGUUGGAGUUUCCAUCAAGGGCUUGAGCGAACCUAGCGAAGCCUUGGUAGACAGGGCCGUGGCUUGCUAUGAAAACAACGAGGUUCGCUAUCUGUCUUGGGAAAUAUGUACUUCAAGAGAGCAAGAAGUGGGCUCAGACCGACGCCGUGACACCCGCUUCACCGUCGACGAGCACACCGGGCGUCUGAAGGUUGAAAACAAGGAUGCGGAACAGAAAGCGGUCACAUCUUCCGAGGUUCAUGUCAUGCAGGCUUUGCAGCGCCGUUCCCUUGCCAUGGACCAAGCCAACCUCGUCGAGUACGCGAUCAUGCAGCAGUGGAGUGAUCGCUUGAUGCGUGCACGCAUGCAGGAAGCCCCAGCUGGGUAUGUUCGGCCAACCUGGACUCAACUCGUAGCUGCAGACAAGAAGCUUUUCAGCGAGUUGCGAGACCUGACCCGUGACGGAGUGCAAUCCUCUGGUGGAGCCAGGCCCUUGGACACGCAUCUUCCGACUGUCAUGAAUGCUUUCGAUGUCGUGUGCUUGAUGCAGCCGCUUCCUUCUGCUUCGUCUCGAUCCCUUGAUGAAGGCAAGGAGUUGGAGCGACCCGAGCGCCCAGGCCCCUACGGCCCCCGCAAGCCUCGCAAUCCCAAGGGCCAGGGCAAGGGCAAAGGAAAGACCAAAGCUCCCGGGAUGCCAGCGCAAAUGGUGGCGUGGGGGUGCGUGUCUGCCACGAAGAAAGGAAAUCCGUACUGCUACGGAUUCCAGCUCGGCACUUGUGCCAAUGAGGUCAAGAACAAUGCGUGCCAGAGGGGCCUCCACGCAUGUCAGGGACAGCCUGUGCAGGAUGCCGUUGCGCAACCUUGCAGCAAUCUCAAGCUUUCUUCUGGAUCGGAUGCAGUUUGGCAACCGAUCCCCUGUGCAGCGAAUGCCGAAGUGCAAUCACUGCCGCGCGACAGUCCGAAGCUUUCUGGUGGAUCGGAUGCUGGCCAGCAACCGAACCUCCAGGCCCUGCGGAUCGCUCCCGCGCCUGAGGGCGGGGCGACCCCAAAGCAAUUUUCUUCUAGUCCCAACUCUGCCAGCCUCUUGCAUGCCAUCGAGACCUUCGAUUCACUCCCCGAUGUUGCUGUUUCACGCACUCCCCAUGCCGUAAGAGAUAAGGUUCAGAAGUCCUUCUAUUCGGGGAUGUACCGCCGAGGCCCCCUUGUCGGCUUGCGAUCUUCGGUCGCCCAAUUCCCCGAGGCUGUCAAGGUGUUCACCCGGCUGAUUGCGGAAGUGUCUCCCACUCAUCAGUUCAGCAGCUUUGUUAUCCUUGAGGGAUCCGAGAUGGGAAUUCACCGUGACGCCCAAAAUGCCUGUCUGCCCAACCUUGUAAUCCCCUUGACCGCUUUGAAGGAGGCGAGCUCGCAGUCGCAGACCCCGAGGGACAAGUGGUCUCUCAUGGAGGUCAGUCCUUCCGUGCGCGGCUUUGUGAUUUGGGACGGGGAGCCGCCUCCGCGCACACUGCCUGCAGUUGUCACGGGCUUCCCUGACCUUAGGCUUUCUGGGUGUAGUUCCCCUAGUCCCUCGGGUCACCCCGCCAGCCCUGGCCCCGCGCUGCAAGAAGCCGCCACCUCGGAGGGGCCCCCUGGGCCUUCGACUGCCAUAAGCGACUCUGCAGCCUUGCCGGCCGUCCGGCCGCAAAAACUACUGUUCAUCGAGUUGUGCUGUGGGUCCGCUGGGCUCUCCGCGGCGUUCCGAGCCCUGGGGUUUCAGGUCUUGGCUGUCGACCAUCCUGGCAACCGCCAUGUUCCCUUGGUGCAUUGUGUGCAUCUUGACUUACGCUUGGAGUCUUCGUGGAGCUACCUUCGCCGGCUUGUGCAGGCCCGCCAGGUCUUCCUCAUUCACGUUGCGCCUCCCUGCGGCACAGCCUCGCGGGCACGCGAAAUCCCGAUCAAAGGGCAGCCAUCCCCGCCCGUCCUUCGCAGUGAGGCCUUCCCUGCGGGGCUGCCCGGCCUAUCUCCCUCAUGGCAGGCCAAGGUCGAUUCUGCUAACUCGAUAUAUCGCCGGGCUGCGCGCUUCUGUGCUUGGCUGCUUGAGGAGGCGCCCCAUACUCACUUCUGCGUGGAGAACCCUGCUCGCUCCUACAUGUGGUUGCUGCCUGAGUUCCGGGACUUGCGUCCUCGUUGUUCUGUUGUGCCUUAUGCUGUUGUCUUGAUCGAUGAGUACCCUUACCAGGCCUUGACCGUUCUCGCCAGGGUGCUCCUCGAUGGUCCUUUGACUGUUGUUAGACGCAGGUUGGACCUCUACCUCACCUGGAGGAAGUGGGCUCAGGAGUUGGUGGUAAGAGGUAAGAAGCUCCUCCUCCUUGAUAGGAUUGCCAAAUCCUUGGAUUGGCCCGAUGAGCACUUGCACCAUGACCUCACGCAUGGCUUCCGUCUUGUGGGGGAGGAAAAGCCAAGCGGUGUCUUUCCUUUGGACCCUAAACCGGCGGAGCUGACUGUGGACGGCUUGAUGGAACAGGCUGAGGUCCUGAAGCCACUCUUGUGGGAUAAGAUAGCCCAAAGCCCGGCAAAUCCUCAUGAGCAAGAUCUUUUCGACAUCACGCAUGCUGAGUUUUCGGAAAAGGGGUGGCUGGACCCAGCUCGGUCCUGGGACGAACUCGAAGACUACUUCAAGGGCUCAUGGGUCCCUGCCCGUCGAUUUGCAGUGGAGCAAAGAGGGAAACUAAGGCCCAUCGAUGACUUGGCCGAAAAUGGGGUCAACAGUGCCUUCGCUCCUUGCGACAAGCUCACGCUCCGGGCCAUCGACGAGGUUGUUUGGACUGCAGCCUUCAUCAUGCGCGCCUUGAUUUGCAAAGGCUCUGUGCAUGUCCCACUCUCCACGGGAGAAGUGAUCUCUGGUCCACUUCACCCGUUCUGGGCUUCCAACACCUCUCGGGCACGCCCGCUUGUGAAAACGGUGGAUCUUAAAUCCGCCUACAAGCAGCUUCCCCUUCACCCGUCGGAUCACCGCCUGUGUGUCGUGAGCAUGCGUAGGCCUUCUGAUUCGCGAGUGGUGGGGUAUGUUUCAAAGGUGUUGGUAUUCGGCGCGUCCGCCAGCGUCACGGCCUUCAACAGGGUGGUCCGUCUUCUUCAGAGAAUCCUGCAGGAAGCUUGGGUCAUGACAAGCAACUACUUCGAUGACUAUCCCAUACUGGAGUUGUCUGCACUUGCCGGGAGUUGUGAUAAGACCGUGCAUAACAUCCUGUCCCUUCUCGGCUUUACUCGUGCCGCUGACAAGGAGGAAGACUUCGCUCCUGCUGCGAACCUCUUGGGUGACAAGUGCACCGAGAUGUCGGCCUCCAUUGACCAAGUGCUUGACAAGGGUUUUCUUAAAGCCUCCGAGGUCGCAUCUUUGUUCGGACGCAUUCAGUUCAUGGAGGGCCAGCUGUUGGGGAGGUUGGGGCGUUUAGCCCUUAUGGAGCUUAGGUCCCUGUGCUCCUCAAAUGGGGAGUUGCGUCUUGGCAAGUUCGAGUGCGAUGCUUUUCGAAAUCUUAAGCAGCGCUUGGUUUCGGGCCCUCCUCGGGCCAUCCCCACGGCGAUACCGAGAGGGUGUGCUUGCGUCUUUACCGAUGGGGCAUGCGAGUUUGAGGACGGCCUUCCUGUCUGCACCAUAGGGGGCAUCCUCUACCACCAUCAGGAGGGAAGUUGGAACACUCGCUUCUUCGCGUGCAGGAUGCCCGCCACUCUUGUUCAAAAGUGGAGCAAUGCCGGCAAGCGCCAUUUGAUUGGACCCGUUGAGUUAUUUGCAGUAGUCGCAGCCAGGCGGCUAUGGGGGUCUUACUUAGAUUCCUCAAGGGCCUUGUUUUUCGUGGACCACUCAGGUGUUCACGCCGCUUGUGUGAGUGGGACAUCCAGGGACACUGUGUGGCGAUCACUGCUUGUCGAGUUUGAGCGGGCUGAUGCAGUGCCCAUGAUUGGUUGGAUAGCACGUGUGCCAAGUGCUAGCAAUCCUUCGGACGCUCCCUCAAGGGGCUCGUCAAACUUUCCUUUCUGGGGCACCUGCUCUCGUGAUCACCCUUCAUGCUGCAUGUCAGGCGAACUCCUGAGCCCGCUUGAGUUGAAGAGGGAUGUCUAA